AUGGCCGCCGCGGUCGUCCACCUCUCCGUCCACGCCCGCCUCCGCCGCUCGCCGGAGGUCGUCGUCUCUCAGGCGUGCCACCGCCCUUCCCUCCUCCGCUGCCGCGCGUUCAAGCAGGAGGCCGGCGGCGACGACGAGAAGCCGUCGUCGCCACCGAACGAGCCGCGGAAGUGCAGGAAGGGGCCGCUGUACACGCUGAAGGCGGCGAUCCAGGGGCUCGCGGGGUCCCGGUCGGCGGCGGCGGAGGUGUAUGGCGGGCAGCAACAGUACGAGCUCGCCGUCGAGAAGGCCGAGGAGAUCUUCUUCUCGGUUGCUACUCAGGUAGGCAGAUAUGUCAUCACUAUGAUGAGCAGUGGUGUUGUACUAGCAGUUGGAUUUCAGUUAUCAGGUGGAGACAGCCAAACGGAUGCACUAAUUUGGUAUAGCUGGCUUGGUGGAGUAAUUAUCGGCACAAUGCUAGGUGCAAACAGUGUCCUAGAGGAACACUGUAAAGCUGGACCUCGCAAUGUUGUCAUAACGGGAAGCACAAGAGGGUUAGGAAAAGCACUUGCUCGGGAGUUUCUUCUUUCUGGAGAUCAUGUUGUAAUUGCUUCCCGCAGCCCUGAUUCAGUUCUUCAGACCAUCAAUGAGCUUGAAGAGAACAUACAGGAGGGCUUGUCAGUUGCCAAGAAGAAACAAAGAGAAACUUUAUUACAAGCUAAGGUUGUUGGUACAUCUUGUGAUGUUUGCAAACCAGAAGAUGUAAAAAAGCUUGUAAAUUUUGCUGUUGGUGAGCUGGGUUCAAUUGACAUUUGGAUAAAUAAUGCUGGCACAAACAAAGGUUUCAGGCCACUGGUAAAUUUUUCAGAUGAAGAUAUUACCCAGAUCGUCUCAACAAACCUAGUUGGUUCUUUGCUCUGCACCAGAGAAGCUAUGGAUGUCAUGCAAUACCAAGAGAAGGGAGGUCAUGUAUUCAACAUGGAUGGAGCAGGAUCUGGAGGAUCAAGCACACCGUUGACAGCUGUUUAUGGCUCAACUAAGUGUGGACUAAGGCAGUUCCAAGCAUCGCUUAUGAAGGAAAGCAGAAGAUCAAAAGUUGGAGUACACACUGCAUCUCCUGGCAUGGUCCUUACAGAUCUCCUUCUAAGUGGCUCAUCUCUCCAAAAUAAACAGAUGUUCAAUAUAAUAUGCGAGCUUCCAGAAACAGUAGCAAGGACAUUGGUUCCAAGAAUGCGAGUUGUGAAAGGAAGUGGAAAGGCAGUAAACUACUUGACACCACCAAGAAUCUUGCUUGCCUUGGUUACUGCAUGGGUUCGCCGAGGCCGAUGGUUUGACGAAGAGAUGGUUCGUCAGUGUAAAGUUCAAGAUAUGUAUGUCCCUGUUCUUGUAGAAUACAUACCAUGGGAGGACAAAAAAGGUUGUAUAGAAAGAAGCAAGACUGGGAAAUGUGAACUAAUGAAGUGGAUCUUUGUGUACAUGGAGUAA